CCAAAACCUACCACUUCUUUCCCUUCCACAACUCAACAUGCAUAUUUUCCUUUAAAGCCUACAAUCAUCAUUCAUCAUAAAAAGAUUGGAUUUUUAAUGGGUGGCCAACAAAAGAAGAUUAUGGAUUUCAAAGUUUCUCAUAAGUCUGUAGGGUUUGACCUUAUGCAGAACUGUGAUCUUCCUCCACCUUCCAAGGUUUUUUUGGGUUCAGAUAAAACGGUGAUAUUAUCUAUGCAUAAGGUCUGUAAUAUUUCAGGUAGAGAAAAAGGACGAGAUAGCAUACACCAGCUCGAAAAUGAUGAUGACGAAAAGGAUAAAAGAGAGCUUCUUAAGGCGCUGAAAGCAUCUCAAAUACGCGCUAGAGAGGCAGAAAAGAUGGCGGCUAUCCUAAACAAAGAAAAGGAUGGUCUCUCUGUUGCUUUGUUGGAAGAGGCCAUGCAGUUGUUUGCUUGUUGCCAAAGGGUGAGAUUGCUUGAGCUUCAAGUUUUGAACCUGCAGCAAAAGCCAGCAAUGUUGAUGCCUGCAGAGGAGGAGGCUGUAGGAUUACCCCAUGAAGAAACAGUUAGUGUCUCAUGGGUUCUGGCUUUGAUUUUUUCAUUGGGAAUUGGGGUUGCCACUGCCCUUGCUUGGGGUUACUAGUCCUGCUGAUAUUGCAGAUAUGUAGUUGAUACAUGAAAGAAAGACAAUCUUCAUAUACAAAUUUUUGUAUCAUUAUCUGUUUUUGUUUAUUUACUGCAACAACAUGAUUGCCAAUCUGUGCAACAGUAAUGCCAUUUUAGUAGUAUAACUUGAAGUGUCUUAAUAAAUUUAAUGAUAUGAACAGUCGAAAAGGACCCAAAUGAUGCAAACUUAUAUUAAAGAAAUCUCGUGUACAAGA